AUAUUCCAAACUCCAAAGCAGUUUAUUAUGUAGGUUAUUUUGCAUUUAAAGAGACUGACUCGGAUCCCGGUUAAUCACACAUAAACAGGGGAGCCUUUGUGUGGAAGAAAAAAAUAAAAUAAAAUAAAAAAUUACAUCAAGGAGUUAUAAAGUGUAGGAAACGCCGCGUAAUUGUAUGGUAGUCAUAACAACUGGAUUCGAUAAUAAUAUUUUUUGUAGUGAAGAAGAAGAAAAGAAAAUCGCCAGGAAUCGGAUUAGGUCUAAUAGACAGCUGAGUUUUUACAUUCAUUAGGGUUAACCGUAAAAACAUGUUUUACAAAGAGCAUGCGUUAGAGGCACUAUGGACAGCGUUUUGGAUCUGAGGCGAUAUUUUCAAGCUGGUUGUUUAUUCCAACGUGUAAAUAGGCAUUUUGCAAGCCAAUGAGGAUCUGGCAGUAAUGGAAAGUAAACCAGAAAGAGUCACAAACAUCACCUGCACCUAUUUUUUGAAUUCUACAAUCACUUGCAGAUGGAAUCCUGGAAAUAAUAUACAAAAUCGCCAAACAAAGUACUUCUUAAUUUAUUAUCGUAAUGAGUUCUUCAGAAACCCUCUUGAAGACGACUGCUUUCCAAAGCCCAUUUUUUUAUCAAGUGAAAGUGUUAUAUUUCCCUGUGGGCUGUCAAAGACGGAGUGUACUGUUGAAUGCCUGGUGUUUGUUUAUACUGUUAUAUGUUCAAUAUCUGUAAGAGCUGAGAACGCCAUGGGUAAAGAAGAUUCAGAAAAGUACCAUCUUGACACAAGGCAUGCAGUACAAUUAUCUACUCCGGUAAUUACAAGAAUCAUUGCGGCAAAGACUUCAUUGAAUUUGACUUGGAAGGAACAAGAUGAUUUUCCAUUUUCUGUAACAUGUAUACUCCGAUACAAAAAGGUUACCGCGAGCCGGUGGAUUCAGGUUGAGAACAUACAAAUGGAAAAGGAACAAAAAGAAAUAGGUUUUCACAUUGGAGGUUUGGAGCCAUUCAGCAACUACAGUGCUUCUGUUUCCUGUAUUAAAAAAGAGAAUACAAUCUACUGGUCUGAAUGGAGCGCUGAUGGAUACGGUCAAACUUUGGAAGACAGGCCUUCAAAAGCAGUGGAUCUCUGGCGGAGCACGGAGGAUCAUGACUUCCCAGGAAAAAUCUCUCUCAUAUGGAAGCCUUUAAGUGUUUCUGACUCUCAUGGAAUUAUACUUGGAUACAAAGUAUAUAGAAGAAAUCAGCCUUGGAUAAACACCACUGAUGUUAAGAUAUCAUUCCUCCGGACCACAGAAGCUUGUGAGGUUACUGUGUUCGCUUAUAACUCAGCUGGGGACUCUCCUGGAGCCACGCUGAGAAUCCCUGCAAUUUCCAAACAGGAUGUUCUACCAGCAGUACCAGUGGUACAAGCUUCUCCUAAAGACAAUCAGCUAUGGGUUGAGUGGAAAGCUCCUCCAUCGGCAGUAAGUGGAUACGUGAUUGACUGGUGUGUGGGUACAGAGGCCGUUUGUGAGAGAGACUGGCAGCAUGUUAACAACACCACCCUUACAACUUAUUUAAAAGGUAAUAUUGAGCCACUGAAAUGUUACAACAUCUCCGUCUACCCUGUUUAUGAGCAAGGUGCUGGAACUCCUACAUCAACUGAGGCCUACCUUAGGGAAGGAGCACCAGGAAAAAUUCAUACACCAGAUGUAUUGGAUAUUAAGACCACAGAGGCUACUAUCAAGUGGAAAGAGAUUCCAAAGGACCAAAGAAAUGGUUUCAUCGUUAACUACACCAUUGUUUUCCUCAAUGAAGAACAACACUUUAAGACUGUCAACUCAAAUGUGCUGGAGUGCACACUGCAGUCUCUGCAGCCCAGCACACAGUACAGAGUUUACUUAAAAGCCAGCACCAAGGCGGGAAGUAUUAAAAGCAGUGAUGUGAUCUUCACUACUUCAGUGUGUAAGAAACCUGUAUUUUGGGUUGGAAGCUACAUUUUUUUUAAAACUUAAAUUGAUCUUCAAAAUAAUGUUAAAAAAAAGUAAAU